AUGACUCAGGCUAACCAUUCCUUGACAACUGAGUUCAUUCUCAUAGGAUUCACAGAUCACCCAGAGCUGAAGAGCCUUCUGUUUCUGGUAUUCUUCACCAUCUACCUGGUCACCAUGCUGGGCAAUCUUGGGCUGGUGGUAUUGAUACUGAUGGAACGUCGCCUUCACACACCAAUGUACAUCUUUCUGGGCAACCUUGCUCUAAUGGAUUCCUGUUGUUCCUGUGCUAUUACUCCCAAGAUGUUAGAGAACUUCUUUUCCAAGGACAGAAUGAUCUCUCUCUCUGAAUGCAUGGCACAGUUUUAUUUUCUCUGCCUUGCUGAAACUGCAGACUGCUUUCUCCUUGCUGCAAUGGCCUAUGAUCGCUAUGUGGCCAUCUGCAACCCACUGCAGUACCACACCAUGAUGUCAAAGAAACUCUGUGCUCAGAUGACCACAGGGGCCUAUAUAGCUGGAAACCUGCACUCCAUGAUUCAUGUGGGGUUUUUGUUUAGGUUACGUUUCUGUGGGUCUCACAAAAUUAAGCACUUUUUUUGUGAUGUUCUUCCAUUAUUCAGGCUUUCCUGUGUUGACCCUUAUGUCAAUGAACUGAUGAUAUUUAUCUUUUCUGGGUCAGUUCAAGUUUUCUCUAUUACCAUAGUAAUAAUCUCUUAUCUCUGCAUCCUGUUUACAAUUUUCACAAUGAAAUCCAAAGAGGGGAGAGGCAAAGCCUUAUCUACCUGUGCAUCUCACUUUCUCUCUGUCUCAAUAUUUUAUGGUUCUCUUCUGUCCAUGUAUAUUCGACCAAGUUCAGUCCAAGAAGGGGAUAAAGAUAUACCCAUUGGGAUUUUUUAUACUCUAGUAAUCCCUUUAUUAAAUCCUUUCAUUUACAGUUUAAGGAAUAAAGAAGUAAUAAAUGUUAUAAAAAAAGUUAUGAACAAAAUUUAA